AUGACCUGGAAGUUGCACUCCAUAAGGAAUUAUAUGACCUAUUUGUGUCAGGUUGAGCUCUAUGGUGAAGAAAAAAUGAUGCAAAAAAAAGUUGGGUGUGUUGCUUUAUAUGUAUAUUAUGACUCAAUAACUUUUCUUUGGCAAAUUUCAGCUCCCUCAGAGGCUCCUGAUGCCUGGAGAAAUGUGAAGUCAGAGCCAGGGAGUUGUAUUGUGACCUUGUUCUGGAAGCCAUUAUCAAAAUUUCAUUCCAAUGGGAAGAUCCUGUUCUAUAACGUAGCUAUAGAAAAUCUAGACAAACCCUCCAAGUUGGAGCUUCAUUCCAUUCCUGCACCAGCCACUGGCACAAAACUAAUCCUUGACCGAUGUUCCUACCAAAUCUGCAUCACAGCCAAUAACAGCGUGGGCACUUCUCCGGCUUCUGUCAUGGUCAUCUCUGCCGACGUUGAAAACAAAGAAGUUGAGGAACAAAGAAUUAAUGGCACAGAGGAUGGAGUCUCUAUGUCUUGGGAGCCCCAGUCUGGAGAUGUCAUAAGCUAUGUGGUGGAGUGGUGUGACCGGCCCCAGGACCUGCUCUGUGACCUUCAGUGGAAAAACCUGGGUCCCGAUACCACAAGCACAGUCAUUAGCUCAGAUGCUUUUAGACCAGGCAUCCGAUACAAUUUCAAGAUUUAUGGUUUAUCUACAAAAAGGAUUGCUUAUUUAUUAGAGAAAAAAACAGGAUAUUCCCAGGAACUAGCUCCUUCAGACAACCCUAAAGUGACUGUGGAUAAAUUGACAUCACGCUCUUUCACUCUGAGUUGGAAGGAUUAUUCCACUGAAUCCCAACCUGGUUUUAUUCAAGGGUACCAUGUUUAUCUGAAAUCCAAGGCGAGCCAGUGCCACCUGGGAUUUAAAAAGGCAGCUCUCUCAGCCGAUUCAGUAUGUUGCAUACACAAAAUCGAUAACCCGGAACAAAAGACAGUCACUGUAGAAAACCUACAGCCGGAAUCCUCCCAUGAGUUUUUCGUCACUCCAUACACAAGUGCUGGCGAGGGCCCCAAUGCUACUUUCACAAAGGUCACGACUCCAGAUGAACACUCCCGUAUGCUGAUUCAUAUCAUCCUGCCCAUGAUUUUCUUCAUCUUGUUCAUCAUGACCUUAUGCUACAUGCAAAGUCAGUGGAUGAAGGAGAAGUGUUAUCCUGACAUCCCAGACCCUUACAAGAGCAGCGUCCUAUCAUUAAUCAAAUCCAAGAAGCCUCACCUAACAAUAAUGAAUGUCAGUGACUGCAUUCCAGAUAGUAUUGAAGUUGUGAACAAGUCAGAAGGGCCUACAUCAGCCCAUCUUUACCUCUUUUCAACAGAAAAGAAUUAUUCUGGCCCUGGGCCCUGCAUCUGGUUUGAGAACUUUACCUAUAACCAGGCAACUUCCAACUCUGGUUCUUGUGGCCACAUUCCAGUGCCCCCCGCGAAAGCUCCAGCAAGUCAGCUGGGACUCCUGACUUCACCUGAAAGUUUACAAAAGGAACUAGAAGAGAACUACAUAAACUCCCAGGCAGAAAUCCCAGCUGAAGAAAACAGUUUGAAUUAUGUGUCCCAGUUGGCUUCACCCAUGUUUGGAGACAAGGACAGUGUCCCCAAAAAUCCACAAGUGCCGCCACACUGUACAGAGUAUAAAAUGCAAAUGGCAAUAUCCCCCAGUCCUGCCUCACCUCCCUCGCCCAACAGUAGCAGCCUCUCCUCAGUUACCCUCUUAGAUCCAGGUGAACACCACCACUAA